ACACUUGUCAUGGUCAUGACUUCUCUUAUUAAUCUUGUUACUUUUUUGUGGAUUUUUUGUUUAACUCAGGUUGUUACUUGUGGUAAUUUUCCCCUUGAGUCCUCCUUUCAAAAAGUCCCUAGAUGUGUCUACACAUCUACUAGCUUGUAUGAGUACAGGGGAUGGGACUCAAAGCCUGCCAAUCCUACGCACCGCCGCUUUACAUGGGGACUCAGGUCUUUGGAGAGACAUGUGGUCGACUUUUACAUCUCAGAUUUUCAGUCUGGUUUACGAGCAUUGGUCAAAGCUGGCUAUGGAGCAAGAGUCACUCCGUAUGUGGAUGAAACUAUUGUGGCUGACAUCAAUCAGAACAACAGGGAAUUAUCUCCUGAAUUCAUGCGAUGGCUGGGGCAGAGAAACCUUUCUAGCGAUGAUCGCAUCAUGCGGAUGACAGAAGGGUACAUAAAAGAAGGGAGCACAGUGAGUGUAAUGGGAGUGGUCCAACGAAAUGAGAAUGUACUCAUGAUUGUCCCUCCUUCAGAGCCUUUCUCCACCGGUUGCCAAUGGGCCAAAUGCCUCUUCCCCGCAAGUCUUGAUGGGAUUGUUUUGAGAUGCGAGGACAACUCCAAAGCAGAUGUCAUACCGGUCUAGCUUCUAUCCACAAACCCACUCUCUCUCUUUCUCUCUCAGUUUUGGUGCAGUACAAGGGCACCUGCUUAACUUUGGAGUUCAAAUGGGAUCUAGUGCAUUUGUGCUUUAACCAUCCUCCUCCCUCUCUCUCUCUCUCUCUCUCUCUCUCUCUCACAUGUUUGUGUGCGUAUGUAUGGAGUUCGAUAUCCACUAGUUAGUUUCUAUAAAUUUUACUUGUGGACUUUCCUUGAAUCAUGUUUGAUUAUGAAGGAAAGAUCCUGCUGUUAACUACUGUAUAAUUUUUGGACAGGUUUGACAGUUGAGUUGAAGAUUCCCCCCAAAUCUCUUGGGGUUUAUUCCUUGUAUAACAAUGGCAUCUUAUUUUUGAAAGUUUUCUUGUGAUUUGAUGUGUCUUGCACAUGCUUAUUGUGGUAAACUGCUUUGAUAUGACAUUGUGGCAAUAUAAUAUUGAGUUGGAUUCCUGA